UGCAUUGCUUUGCACAUAGUCACGACUCGCGCACCGUUCUUAACGUUCGACUCGUCCAGUGGAGUAAAAUAGAGAAACGAAAUCGGUAUCGUUACAGAAACGUUUUUUUUUUUUUCUAGAUAUAAACGCGCGCGUAUAUAAACAUAAUAUACGUCCUUAUCCGAAAUCGAAUUUAUAAAUUCCCGCCAGUUGCCGACCGACGUGCAUACCGGUAACAAUCUUUCAGUGCGAAUUGAUGAUAAUAAUUUGAAUUUUGAAUUAUUUAUAUCGGUCCAUACGCAUAACGGUUCAUAAUAAUUUUAUUUUUUAUAAAAAUUGGAAUCGUAUUGAAAUUACAAUACGUAUACGGAAAGUGAAAUAUAAAAAAGUAUCGACAGACGGAAUUAAAGAAAAAUCGUGAUACGAUUGUUGGACGGAAAAAUCCGUCGAACUUCUUGGCAAAUCGUUCGCUCCGAAGAGUGAAACUCGUGUCGAUUCCAUAUUUAUUUAUUCUUUUUGUGACGCUUGCACGAUAUAAUAACCAUGGCUUUCAUGAUGCCUGUUGUAAAAAAUGAUUACAAUAUUUACAAAUCGAACCGGAACAGACGAGUUUCCGAGUGUUCAAACGACAAGACGUCCGGCUCGUCGGGCUCGUCGUGCGGCGGAACCAGGCGGGUGCACAGCGGUUCCCGGUCGGCGGACGGCCCGUCGCUGUCCACGUCGCCCGGCAGUGAUUUCAUGGUCGGCUCGCCAGCGCACCGGUCGCUCGGUGGAGUGUCCAGGCAGACAGCUUUCCACCAUGGCAGCCAGCAACACCACGGCAGCCAGCAGCACCAUCAUGGGGUGGCGUCCAGAAACUCGUCACGGAACUCACAGUCCAGCCUGCAGAGCCCCGCCAAGUCUUCGUCGUCGUCCUCGUCGCCGCCCAAGGUGUCGUCCACGUCGUCGCUCAACAUGUUCCACUCGAAGCUCGUCGACAAGCUCAGACGGUCGCUAACGUCCAAGUCCAAAGACAAUAGCACAUCGACGACGUCCAGCAAGGAUAUUGCGAGGAGAAGAUCCUGAGAUAUGGCCAAAGGUGACGACCAUCAACGGUCAGUACCAAAUCUGACUAGAUCAGCAAAAAGCCGGCCAGUAUCUAGUAUGGCCACGUCCUGUCCACUGGGCACCAAUAUUGCGCUAUGACAAAAUAAACAGUAAAAAAAUCAAGAAAACCUACAGCAAAUCAUAGUGUGCUCUUGCGUGCAAGGGUAAGUGCCGGCACUUUGUUUAGAAUAAUAAAUUAUUUAUUACACGAGUCGCAUCUCUAUUAAAAUGCUGAAUUUGUUUUUUUUCAAAUGGAUGCGUCGUGUGUUUUGGUUAAUAAUAGAGAGUAUUCUAAAAAAAAUGUAUAAAUAAUAGCCUAUUUUAAGUUGAUACCUAGCCUAUAUUAUAUAAAAAAAAAUUAUUAGUUACAUUUUAUAUGUACAUAUUAAUAUUGACAGCUUAUGGCUUAUCUCAGCAUUAUGGUUUAUUUUUAAUAUUAUUUUUUAGUUCUUUAUGAAUACUACUAUUUGAAAAGUAAAGAUGGUACCCGACUAAUUAUAACUUAAGCCUAUCAAUCAAUAGGGGACAAGGUCUUAUAACCUUAAUGUUUAAUGUAUUAUACUAUUGUUGAAAAUGUCUUGAUGUAUUAACAGUGAUCAAAAAAUGAGGGUUUUUAAAAUUAAGAUACUCUGAUAGUGUCAAAUAUAAAAUCAAUGCAAUUUAAAUACAAUUUUUAAUCCAACAGGAUUCUAGGCAAGAUUUAAAAUAAAUUACUUGGUAGGCUCUUAUUGUUCUUUCUUACCAACCCGCCUACUUUAGUGUAUAAAUUAAUGUAUAUAAUAUUAUAUCAAUAUGUAAUUUGGGGGUAAAAUUUCAUUCAAAAGCUUUUUUUUUAUAAAAUAUCACAGAUCAAAUAUUUUUAAGAUAUAUUGAAAAGUAUUUAUAUAGAAUAUUUUGGCUGCAAUAAUUUAUAACUCGCACUCCAUAAGUCUGAUUGACCAAAUAAAAUUAAAAAUACCAUAUCACAAAAUGUAUUCUUUUGCAAAUAAUUUUAAUGUAGUUUUCGUUCGUAAGGGGCAACAUAUGUCCUACCUGGAUACUCAAUGAUAGACUGUACUUAAAUUUGUUAGAUGUUCAUUAGGCUGUUACGUUGUAUCAUAAAGGGAAAAUUAUUUUAAUGGGUUGGUAAGUUAAGCCUGAUGCUCUGUUUUGUUUAUAAUAGGUAAAAAUUAAUCAACCAUAUAUAAUCUGUGAUACAUUUGUUACUAUUUUUUUAAGAUAUUCAGCUUUUAUCUUUAUUUAUCUAGGUAAAUAGGGUUUACUACAACAUGAAAAUAAAAACUGUUAUUGUUUUGGAGUUAGCUUAAAAAAAAAUACUAUUAUUACAUUGGGCGCCUGAUCGUUAAUUCUGAAUCAUUCACUUUCAAUGAACUAAACAAUAAGCAUUUUUCUGUCAUUUGAAUAUUAUGCAUUCUCUAACAAAAAAAGUGAAAAAACUGUCAUAAUACUUUUUAAUUUAUACACAUAUACUCUCUCAUAUAUACAAUUACUCAUCUAAAACAAAUAAUUGCCUUAAACAUAAUAAUUUUAACAUUGAUAGUUAUUUAAUAUAGUUUUAAUUAUUCAUUGUAAAUUGUAAUAGUCAUUUGGUUUUGAUAUUUAAAAAUCAAAGUACAAAAUAAUAACAAAAAGAAACUGUGUUACCAUUCAUUUUUUCAUUUUAAAAUGUAUGGAUAUCAUAAAUCUUGAUUUAAAUUGUUCAUAGCAUAACUUACUACAUCAUUAACUCAUACCUAAAUUUUAUUAUUAUACUUAUUUAUUUUUGAUGGCGCCCAAACAACAACAAAAACAAUACUUGUCUAGAAACCAUAAUAAGUUACAAUACUGAAUGUGAUAAUAACUUGUCCUUUGAAAUACAAUAGUCAAAAAUAUUUGUUACGUUUAAUUAUAUAUUUUGAUGAAAAAAAGAAACUAGUCUCUUUAUUUUUUUUAUUUUAUUAAGUUAUUUUCCUGAUACCAUAAUAAAUUUUAUCACCGGUUUUUUCCAAUAAAACAAAAUCAUUGAAUUAGACUGAUUGAUAGACUAAAUAUUGUACACAGUAUUAAUAUAUAACUGUUUUGGAACUUCAAAAAACUUGUACUUCAAAAUAUCUUACAAAAUUAUGCUGUUUUACACUUAAAUUAUUAUAACUAAAAAAAGAAAAUUGUUAAAUUAUCUUUAUUUACCUUAUUUAUUUAUGUUCUUCUGUCUGUACGCAAAAAAAAAGUAAUUCUGUAUAAGUCUAUUUUAUUGUAUAAGUGCCGGAAGAGAAAAAUGUAUUUUACAUUUUGAUUUGUAAAAAAAUUGUAAUAAAAUCCUUAAUUAAUAAAAUAUUAUUUUUUAUUGUUCAA